AUGUCGUCCCAGACUCCUUGGUCGUUUUCCACAGCCCUGCUCUCUGGAGCUCUUGCUGGCACAACCGUCGACCUCUCUCUCUACCCCCUCGACACAUUGAAGACCAGGCUACAGUCAUCUUCCGGAUUCCUCGCAUCUGGGGGAUUCUCCGGAAUCUACCGUGGAGUUGGCAGCGCAAUCGUUGGCUCGGCACCCGGUGCAGCGCUCUUUUUCUGCACGUACGAAUACUCAAAGAGCUUUCUCUCCGCAAGACGGCACGCGAAGCAAGUAACGGAAGGACAGGCGGGAGAAUGGGCUGCACCAAUUGAACACAUGCUGGCUGCUAGUCUUGGAGAGGUGGCUGCGUGUGCCGUCAGGGUCCCUACAGAGGUUGUGAAGCAGAGGGCCCAGGCUGGGCAGUAUUCAUCUUCGCUAUUCGCUUUGCGGGCAAUUCUAUCUCAACACCGUGCGAUCGGUGUAUCUGGGGUCUGGAUGGAGCUGUACCGGGGAUGGUCUGUUACAAUUAUGAGGGAGGUGCCGUUCACGGUCAUACAAUUUCCCCUUUGGGAAUCUAUGAGAGAAUAUCGAAGGAGGAAAUCAGGGAGGGAUACUAUCAGUGCUUUGGAGAGUGGCCUCUUUGGUAGUGCUGCUGGAGCUGUUGCUGCCGGGAUAACAACCCCCCUGGAUGUUUUGAAGACGAGAAUGAUGUUGGCCAAAGAGAAGACUGCCAUGUUUUCUUUGCUGAGGCAAAUUCUGAAAAACAGCGGACCGAGGGCUUUCUUUGCAGGCAUAGGACCCAGAGUCUUGUGGAUCAGCGCUGGUGGAGCCAUCUUCCUUGGGUCAUAUCAGUGGGCAUACAACUCGUUGUCUGGUGAGGGAAGCUUAUAG